CGCGUCAUCUUCCCGCGCCGUUGACGGAAGUGCGAUGGUGAACGCGCGGGGUCUUGCCCGCGCUGAGCCGGGAGCCGAAAUGCUUCCCGGUGACGGGAGUGAGCGAUGAGCCGGCUUCUGUUUCUGGUCCACAGAGUCGCCUUGGCCGCUGUGCGCUGUCGCCCCGCCUCUCGCGGGUUCGGGAUGUUCUAUGCCGUGAGGAGGGGCCGCAAGACCGGGGUCUUUCUGACCUGGAAUGAGUGCAAGGCUCAGGUGGACCGGUUUCCUGCUGCGAGAUUUAAGAAGUUUGCCACAGAGGAUGAGGCCUGGGCCUUUGUCAGGAAAUCUGCAAGCCCGGAAGCUUCAGAAGGGCAGGAAAAUCAACAUGGACGAGAAUCACAGACGAAAGCCAGCAAGCGACUCCGUGAGCCACUGGAUGGAGAUGAGGGCGCAGAGCCGUAUGCAAAGCACUUGAAGCCCAGUGUGGAGCCGGCGCCUCCAGUUAGCAGAGACAUGUUUUCCUACAUGGGAGACUCGGUUGUCGUAUACACGGAUGGCUGCUGCUCCAGUAAUGGGCGGAGGCGGCCACGAGCAGGAAUCGGCGUUUACUGGGGGCCGGGCCAUCCGUUAAAUAUAGGCAUUAGACUUCCUGGGCGACAGACAAACCAAAGAGCAGAAAUUCAUGCAGCCUGCAAAGCCAUUGAACAAGCAAAGGCUCAAAACAUCAAUAAAUUGGUUCUGUAUACAGACAGUAUGUUUACUAUAAAUGGCAUUCUUGUAGGUAUAACUAACUGGGUUCAAGGUUGGAAGAAAAAUGGGUGGAAGACAAGUACAGGGAAAGAGGUGAUCAACAAAGAGGACUUUGUGGCGCUGGAGAGGCUCACCCAGGGCAUGGACAUCCAGUGGAUGCACGUUCCUGGUCAUUCAGGAUUUACAGGCAAUGAAGAGGCUGAUAGGUUAGCCAGAGAAGGAGCUAAACAAUCGGAAGACUGACCCACGUGACGUUGUAUGCUGUUGUUGCUUAGAUGCCCGAAGGAUUUUUCCUUUUUCUCUCAAGUCAGCAGUGGUGUUUGAAUGUAUCACAUGUUGGUGUUGGUUGUCCUGGUCCGUAUUUGCAGGUGUAUGGUGUGCACUUUCUACGUGUACUUUCAAAUCUGAUUUAAGAUUGCUUGCACUGUAGUUUAGUGUUAUAUUUUUCUUGCCAAUUUUUUUUUCUUUGGUGAUCCCUGUUAUCUGUGUGUUGAAAUCUAAGUUGCCUGUUUUCAGUGUUUGCCACUGUCUCUGGAAUCUCUUUUACCUCUUUCUUUAUUUCUUUUUGAGUUGUAAAUGUUAUCACACCACUUUUUUUGAGUUGUAAAUGUUGUUAUCACACCACUUUUGUUAUUUGAAAUAGAAACAGUGUCUCUCUCUGUUUCCCAGGCUGGUCUUAAACUCCUGGCCUCAAGGGAUCCUCCUCCCUUAGCCUCCCAAAGUUCUGGGCUUAUAGGUGUGAGCCACCAAACCCAGCCCCACCUUGCUUUUUAAAACAGCUCUAUUGAGGUUUGACUGACAGAUAAUAAAUUGCACAUAUGUAAAGUGACCAAUGCAUAUUCCCAUGAAGCUAUCAGCAGAACACGUCCAUCACCACCAACAGUAUUUUGACAGACUUUGUAAACUGUCCCUCCGUGUCCCCCAUCCUCAGGCAACCACUGGUCUGCUCGCUCUCACUAAAGAUUAAUUUAUAUUUUCUAGAAUUAUAUAUGAGUGGAAUCAUAGAACAAGUACUGUGGGGGAAGGUGCUGCUUUUGCUCAGCAUAAUUGUUUCAGCAUUCACCGUGUGUAUCAGCAGUCCACAUUGUGUGUUGUGUGGCUGUACCGCAGUUUGUUUAUUUACCUGUUGACUGAAACAUUUCGAUUGUUUUCAAUUUCUGCCUAAAUACAAAUAAAGCAAGGAAAGCUGCCGUGGACAUUUAUGUCCUCGUCUUUGUCUUCUGUUUCUCUGGGGUAAAUGCCUUGGAGCGGAAUGCCUGGGUCACAUGACAGGUGUGUGCUUCUUAAGAAACGGAACUUUUCCAAGUGUGAACUUUACAUUUUCCAUCCCCCCAGCCAGGCAGGAAAGUUCCAGCUCACUCCGCAUCCUCAGCAACACUGUCCCCUCAUUCUGUUACAAAUGUCUGUCAGUUUUUGGUUUUGCUGUUUAGUAGUUCUGUUUUUAGGUGAGGAUUUGAGAAGAUCCAGAAGUAUGCUCCUACUGCUGCCCCUGCCAUUUGAGAAUCUGUGAUUUUAAAAAAUGAAAAAUUACACUAGAAUUGGAAAUACAGAGAUGAAACGUUGUGCCUCUAAAAUCUUGACAGUCUGUGGGAUUUUCACAAAUACAGACGGUGUCAGUGCCGCAGAACACAGGUGAAGCUGGAGGAACGAAGGUCUAGCCGCACAGUUAAGGGGGAAUCGUAAAGUUUUAGGGGGCAAUUUCCUCAAUUUUCUUUUUAUUAAAAGGAAAUACAUUACUGAGAAUCAAAAUAUCAGCUGCAUUUUUAAUAUCUUUAGAAAUUUCCAAUGAUAUAUAAUGACAUCUUCAUCAGCUCCAAUUCAGAAAAUACUUGAGUGACUGUUACAUAUCAGAUUGUGCUGUAUAUUGUGGAAUAUAUAAGCCUUCAACGGGUGCUGCUUCCAAAAUAGGAUGUUCAUGCUGUACAAACAGGCUGUGGAAGAAGUGUUCUCUGUGCAGCACUCCCCUCCCGGUGUCAUGCCAUUGCCGAAGCUUGAAGAAAGCCCCUCUGCUGUCUUGUAGGACAGGCAGAAAAGUGCAUGAGGUCAGAGGUCAAACAAACUGAGAAGAAAAAAGCCCUCCUGCUAGUAAUCAGCUUGGGUAAGUAACUAAGUAGGAACCAGUGAAUGCUGCUUUCCUGACUCAGGUGAUGUUGUUUAUUUCAGGUUGAGCAGGUCUGGGCCUCAGAUUGUGUGUCUGAAAAGGAGGACCUUGGUGUUGAUUUUUGGUCUUUUUCCUAAUUCUAAUAUUCCAGUAGUUCUGGAGCAAGAAGAAAUAGGUCACUCAACUAAAGCCCCCUUUCUAUUCAUGUGAUGAGUUGACGUUCAGAACUCAGUAAAAGGAUGUCAUCAGAACAAAACACAUACCAAUGAUCAUGGUGGUCAGUCGUGGUUCCUGGGCUCACAGACACUCGGGAGUAAUACUGGGAGCUGGCUGCAUCUGCCCGCAUUGUGCCUCCCAGCACACAGAAGACACUGACUCUUUGCUGGGUGAAUACCUGGCCAGCCAGUUAAAGCAGCUUUGGUUCUUAAUAGCCCAUUGAGAGCCAGGAGUUGGCACAAGGCAACUCUGAUCUUGUGUUGAUCUAAGUAUUUGUCAAAGAACAACUUUCAUCAGAAUAUGCCUCCAAAUUAAGAUGAUUUGGUGAUAGGGAAAGCCGCCAGUAUACGGUGGUUUUAGACAAAGACAAAUGUGGUCAAUGAAGUGGGAAAAGGCGAGUGGGCUGCUUUCUCCACCCCCAGCAGAAGAGCUCUGUUCUCUAGACCUAAGUAUGCACAGUGUCGUGUAUAUUAAAGGCAGUACCUCAAUAGUAAGCAAGGGCCUUUAACCUAGGAUUUAACAUCCAGCCACCAUGAAAGAAGACUAUAAGUAAAAGCUUAAUACAAAAGAGUUUUGAAGAGCCGUAAGCAAAAGCAAAUUAGGAAAAGAAUUUGCAACUUGUAUCGCAAAGGACUAAUUUCCCUAGUAUGUAAGAACUUCUAGAAAUUGGUAAAACAACUAAUAACUCAGGAGAAUGGAUUAGUCAAAUUGUUUACAGAAAAACAGGGCCCUUUAGGAAUGAAAAGAUGCCUAACUUCACUCACGAGAGAAUGCAAAUUAAAACACCAAGAUGUCGUUUUCUCUCUAUGAUAUUAGCAACAGUGCACAUGUUGCUGAGGCUGCCUGGAAACGUGUGCUCCCCUGUGGUGCUGCAUGCAGAUUGGCACCCCUCAACACCAGGCAGGCGCGGCCCACUGUCCGAAAUACAGAUGCGAUGCUCAAACCCACCAGCCCCCACUCCGCGGAAUUCAUGCUGUAGAUACACCUGCACACGU